UGCCUGUGUUGGUUGCGUUGGUAAUGGUUUUGUCUUCGUUUUUCAGUUCUCGGUCGUCGCGGGUCCGAAAAUACGCAUUUUUUUGUAGAUUUUUUCUUUUGUUCAAUUCAAAAAGCCAUCGCGCGAGUGUUCGGACAAUUACGGAUGUGAAAUUUCUGGAAUAAUUCUAGAAGUUUCUUCGGUGAGGAAGCCAAAAAAUUAAAGCAAACCCUCUGGGUCGGAAGAAAUUCAAGAUAAACGCUUUGUGAGAACACGCAUGAGAGUGUUCUUGAAGCAAGUGUAGAGAGUAUUUUGGGGCUACAGAAAUUUUGGUGUGUGGUGUCGAGUUCGCUGUCAAAAAAGGAAAAAAACAUCGCAUCGCACACUUUGUGGAUUCUCUGCGAGCUCGCAGUUUUUGACAAGAGAAGGAAAAUUCCGGACGAUUUCUUCCUUUUUUCGAAGUAAAGUGUUUGGGUACGUUUGUUUUGGAGUGGCUGGAAGCAGAUUGCAUAAGCGAUAACAACUUUGCAAAACGCUGAGGUGCCGAAGAGGAAUUUGGCAAAUUUUUCGGCGAGCAGCACGCGAAGUGUGAACUUCCUGUCGGAGGAAGAGUGACAAUCGAUAGCACCUUUGCUAAAGCAAAGGGAAAGGAUCUGUGUGGUGGUUUUGCGGACAGAAGAAAGUAAUUUGACGACGAAAGUGUGGAAGGCAAAAAAUGAACACAAAAUCUGACACCAAUCGGCAUGUACUAACGAUUCAGGCGAAAAAGAAGCGUCAUAAGGCAGCAAAGAAAAAGGCCAAACAACAGGCGGCCGCAGCGGCAGCAGCAGCACAAAAUCAGCCGCAGCAGCAGCAAAGCCAGGUGUCUUCCGAUAAUGAGAUGAAUCCGGUUCCGGCGAAUGACAAUCAACAGCAGUAUUCGAGCUUAACUAGCAGUAAUAAGAAAAACAGCAGCUCGAACGAGAGUAUCGACGAUCCGGAUGAGCGACUUUUGGACGACGCUGGUGGAUAUAGCAGUGAUGAGAGGGAAGGCGAGCAAGAAUGUCGGGAGGAUUAUUGCAGAGGUGGUUAUCAUCCGGUAAAACUUGGCGAUUUGUUCCUGCAACGUUAUCAUGUCAUCCGAAAACUUGGGUGGGGUCAUUUUUCUACGGUGUGGCUCAGUUGGGAUCUGGAGGAAAAGCGAUACGUUGCUUUAAAGAUUGUUAAAUCUGCACAGCAUUUCACCGAUACGGCAAAGGAUGAGAUUCAAAUUUUGAAAUCGAUACGAAAUGCCGAUCCAGCAGAUCCGAAACGGAACAAGACGGUUCAACUGUUGAAUGAUUUUCGAAUAACGGGUGUGAAUGGCACCCACAUCUGUAUGGUGUUUGAAGUGCUUGGACACAACCUGUUGAAACUUAUUUUGAAGAGCAACUACCGAGGAAUUCCGCUGCCUAAUGUGAAGUCCAUCAUCCGACAAGUGUUAGAAGGGUUGGAUUAUUUGCAUUCAAAGUGCAAGGUAAUUCACACAGAUAUAAAACCGGAAAAUGUGUUGCUCUGUGUGGAUGAAAGCUACAUUCGAAAGCUGGCCUGCGAAGCCACAGAACUACAUACGAUGGGUUGUCGUUUGCCGUACUCUUUGAUUUCAGCUGCUCCUCCACAAUUCCAGGAGCAGCCUAUAAGCCAAAACAUGAGCAAAACCAAGAAGAAAAAGCUCAAAAAGAAGGCUAAGAUGCAAACCGAACUUAUUCGGCAGCAGAUGGAACACAUCCAGAAACUUGAGUUCGGCAGUUUGGAGAACGGAGACGUUGAUGCCAGCUCGAAAAAAAUGGACCAAGAAGAUCAACUCGAUUGUGAAUCUCCAAUUGCCUCACCAGAAAGUCCUCGACUCCUGAAUGGGGAUCGAUCUGGAUCCGCCUCAUCUGGUGAUGAAGAUGAGCCUACUCCAAAGCCAAGCGGAAUUCCCAUCGCCACCAAUACUUCCGCCACCUCCAGCCCAGACCAAUCCACUUCCAACAACAACGACGACUCGUUAACCGAGAAAGCUUCCUCAUCUCCCCUCGCAACCGCCUCAUCCUCUGAACCCGCCACCUCUAGCAACAAGUUGGACAUUAGCGCGUCUAUGCGUAGGAUCCUAUCGCGAGUAAAGGAACGCAAGGAUCCGGCUUUUGAAGUUUGCGACGUCGAGGUCAAAAUAGCCGACUUGGGAAAUGCCUGUUGGGUUGACAAACAUUUUACUGAAGACAUUCAAACCCGUCAAUAUCGUUCGCUGGAGGUAAUUAUCGGAUCGGGUUACAAUACUUCGGCCGACAUCUGGAGUACGGCUUGCAUGGCGUUCGAAAUGGCUACCGGAGAUUAUCUGUUCGAACCGCAUUCGGGCGACAACUAUUGUCGGGAUGACGAUCACAUUGCCCACAUCAUCGAACUGCUCGGACCCAUCCCGAAGCGGAUCGCCCUGUCCGGCCGGAUGUCCAACCACGCGUUCAACUCCAAAGGCGAACUGCGGAAUAUCACCGGGUUGAAGCCGUGGGGACUCGUCGAAGUGCUGCGGGAAAAAUACGAGUGGAGCCUGGAGGAUGCGAUCGAGUUUAGUGAUUUCCUGACGCCGAUGUUGGAUUACGAUCCGAAGAACCGAGCGACCGCCGCCGAGUGUCUGGCGCAUUCGUGGCUGAAGCACUAAGAGCUAACGCAGUGGGGUUUGUGUGUUGAGGAAGAAGAUAAUUGUAGAAAGUGAGCGAAGUAAAAUUGUGAAUUGCAAGAAAAACCGGUGAAAUGAGUGAAGAUGAAGAGCGAAGAAUGUGGGGGAGCCAUAAAUGAUAUUGCAUAGUGCUGGUGGAUGGGGGUGAAGAAAAGAAGUAUGACAAUAGGAUAUGAGACGGAGACGACAAGCAUAGGAGAAAUGAAAAACCGGGCUGCUGAGGAUAAUAAGAUACAACUAGGAAAAUUCACAAUACAGCAUCUGUGGAAGAUCUGCCACGACGCAACCGCCGCUAUGUUACUGCAACUUUUGUCGGCGACAAGCCAAGGCACUCGCAGAAUGGAAUCAAGCCGCAGAAAAUCCAGUUCACUGCUGGAUACAAAACAGCUAAAAGGAGGAAUUAAACAAAUGUCGAGUGACAAAAUUGUGUAAAUCUUAGACCCAGGAUAAACAAAUUUAAAUGGAAGCAUAUGAAGGAACACAUACACAAACAGACAUUAUGAGAUGAGAUAAUAAAAUCAAGUAAAUAAUCACCAAACCGAAAAAA